GCUGCCACAUAUUAAAACAAUUGUUUUUACUCGUACUGAUGCUGAGCCAAAGGAUGUGAUCAGUUUUAUUGUGAGCAACCAUGAAAGUGUACAAAAUGUUUCAGUAAUGUUUACAGAGAAGGAUGAGAUUUUGCAACUUUAUAAAAUGCUCAUUGCAUGUGUGCAGCUAGAGAAGUUGAUCAUCUCUGGGUGGAGAUUAAAUGUGGAUGAGUUCUUGGGAGAGAUCGGAAAGUUAUUGCCUUUGAAAUUAAAAUAUCUUAAUAUUACGGCAGAAUGGAGGUUUCAGCCUGCAUCUUUGAAAAAAUGUUUGGACAACUGUAAAUCACCCUUAGAAUAUUUUGGAUUGCCUCUUUGCGAAUGUUUGAACGACGAGCACUUGGACAUUAUUGUAGAGUAUUUAAGGAGAAAAGCUACGAUGUUAAAACGUUUGAGGAUAUUUGAUGCAGGGAAGAAGAUUGAGCAGGGAGUGAAAAGG